CCCGCAGUUCCUUAUGUGGUGGAUCCUCCGGACUGAAACGGAGCGACUCCAUCGACCAUGGCAGACACAGAGGACCCGGGUCCAGGCGCGGCCACUGAGCCGGACACCCCGCGCACAACCCGGCCACACUACGUCUCGUUCAGCGAGACGGUUCAGCCAGCAGUCGGGAUGGUUAGCCAACUACUGAGCCAGCAGUCGUCCCUGAAGUUCGACAAAAAUAUUAAACAGGCCUUCUACAACACGGGAGCUAUGAUAUUCGUGGCUAUCUGUUGCGGAGCAUCCGUGUUGGUUUACUUCAUCCUGGAGGCUUUUCUGCGGCCGCUGCUUUGGGCAGUGCUGUGCGGCACCUUCCUGCACCCCUUCAAAUACUCGCUCGCCCGCCUCGGUCGCUCUUGGCUCAGCAGCCUGCAGGACAGCGGCACACCGAUAGUGGUUGGGACUCUGUUGGUACCGGUGUGGUGUGUGAACUACGGGGUGGAGACUCUGGGCGGACUGGUCGUAGAUCGGCUCAAUGUACUGCUGGCAGUUGGGGCCGGUGUCCCCCUGCUUUAUUUCUUAUACCUGUUCUGGAGCGUCAUUGGAAUGCAGGUGAUCCUCAGCCACGUCUGUUCUGUCAUCUGUCUCGGCCUGGAUUAUUUCAGCGCGGCGUGGGUUGGCACUUUAGUUGUGGGCUACGUGUUGGCUGUGGCAUUUAAGUGGACGCCUGGCAUGGAAGGUUACUUGCGUACACUGUCUGUGCCCGUAUGGACAUCACUUAUUUUCUAUUUGGUUUCUCUGACAGGGUCAUGGCGUGUGCCCGUGUUUGUGGUGGUGGUGUUACUGCUAAUAGCGGGUUGUCAGGAGAAGCCUGCUGUACCAGGGAAAGGUGAGCUCUCUGGUCAGGUCCUGUCUUUUGCUGCUAAUACAAUCUUCAUGGCAAUCUCCUGCAGUAACGUCAGCCAUCCUGAGAAGAUACAGGAAGAGAAUAGCACCAAAGAACAAUCCAAAGACUCAGUGGACACCCCGAAGGGGCUCUUCAGCAUUCCCUCAUCUCGGCGGCGUAGCAGACUAGAGUUCAGGGGUAUCCAGUCCAAAGAGAAGGCCAGUUACAUCUACUUUGUGCUGCUUGCGUGGGCUAUAGUGCUGGUGCAGAUCUGGCUCAACCUCUGGAUCUUACAGUUACUGCCCAUUCCUGUUGCCGUUUGGGUGCUGAAGAAGAUGGUUGUCCGUUUUGGAAUGAAGGACUUCGCUGGGCGUACUUUAGUGAAAUGGUGGGCCGCCUCUGAAAAGUUUGUCAAAGAAAGACAGGAUGCUCUGCUGCCUGGACCGAUCAAAGGCCUAGCUCAGUUCUUGCUUCGGGUCGACACUAAGCUCUGGCAUUGGCUUAACAAGCAGAUGAUAGUGUGGCUGGAGCGCUCUUUGGAUAAGCUGAUCAGUAUUUUCAUUAUCUUCCUGCUGGUAACUGGCACACUGCUCAUGGCCUUGCUGCUCACAGCUAUGGUGCACCAAGAGAGUGUUCAUAUCAUUGAGGUCACCAGUAACCUGAUCAACGAGACCGUGUCCAACCACCCAGAGUGGGCCAAUUGGCUUCCAGAGGCUCAAGUUAUCCAGAAGGCUCUAAACUCUGCUGCCACAAAUGUUUAUCAACAUGGGAGAGAAUGGAUCACACAUAAGCUUCAUAAGAUGUUGGGUGAUAAAGUAAACAACACGGCUGUGAUCGAGAAACAAGUUCUGGAACUGUGGGACCGUCUCUAUCAGUCCUGGAUUGUGAAGAAUGUAACUCACACUGGACGACACCGAGGACACAAGCUGCAUAUGCACAGGCAGAACAGCUGGCUGGGCGACAUACUGGACUGGCAGGACAUCGCCUCAUUUGUGCAGGAGAAUAUUGAGACACUGCUCUCGAUAUUGGAGUCUCUCUGGGUGGUGAUGAGUCGAAAUGUUGGCUUGCUGAUAUCCACAACAACCACACUGCUCACCGUACUAUUCCACAGCGGCACCGCACUGCUCAACUUUGUCCUGUCUCUGGUGAUUUUCCUGACCACACUUUUUUACCUGCUGAGCUCCAGUGGCGAAUACUAUAAACCUGUGAAAUGGGUUAUCAGCCUGACACCCCUCUCCCAACCUGGACCCUCUUCAAACAUUAUCGGACAGUCUGUGGAAGAGGCCAUCAGGGGUGUGUUUGAUGCCUCUCUGAAGAUGGCUGGAUUCUAUGGCCUUUAUACUUGGCUUACACACACAAUAUUUGGCAUCAACAUUGUCUUCAUCCCCUCAGCAAUGGCGGCUAUCUUAGGUGCCGUGCCAUUUUUGGGGACGUACUGGGCGGCACUGCCAGCGGUGUUGGAUUUGUGGUUGGCACAGGCGGAGGGAGUCAAAGCUCUGCUGUUGCUCUUCUGCCAUCUGCUGCCAACAUACUUUGUUGACACGGCCAUUUACUCUGAUAUAUCAGGAGGUGGACACCCAUAUUUGACCGGCCUUGCAGUAGCAGGUGGCGCAUACUAUUUAGGUUUGGAGGGUGCCAUCAUUGGGCCCAUCCUGCUGUGCAUACUGGUGGUGGCGUCCAACAUCUACAGUGCCAUGCUAAUGAGCCCUAGCAGCAGCCAGCCAACGCCAGUGCAAAGCCACUUCCCUGUACAUCAUGGCAGGUCAUUCUUUGAAACCCCAAUGCAGCUGAAGAAAAGUGAUGAAUGAAAGAGACAUUUAAGCAGCCUGUUACACUUGUGAACAGCACCCCCUUCUCUGGUGUUUCACAGACUAUAAAAAAGGGCAGUCUGUAAUAUCUUCACCCUAAGAGAUUUCACAGAAUUGCUACGUUCUCUGCAAAUGUGGCUCUCAUAGCACAUAGAAUAAUGAUGCCCCUUGAUGUCGACCUCUGUGCUAACAGUUCAUUUAGCACUUAGCACUGUGAUGCUAAAUUUGGGUAAUGCUGGGAUACCAGACUCAAAAAAGCUAUGCCGCUUGCACACUCCAGUGCAAAGUUUAGUUAGCACGCCUGUGCGUUGUCUAGCACCAUACUGACGAAUUACGCCAGUGCUGCAAUCCUAGUGCCAGUUAGCACACUAACAAUACUACUGUACGUUUACAUUGUGCUUUACUGUAACAAAUCAGCAGGGUCCCACUUAGCGGACCAGAUCACUGCUUUUUUUUAUUAUUUAUCUGGUAGUACUGAUUAUUUGUCCCAUAUUGUGGAUGUGUUUAGCACUAUUGUCAUCUAAAGGGUUAAGUUUGCGUGAAUCCAAGGACUUCACUCUGAAUUUACUAUUUAAACACCCGUUUAAAGUGUUAUAUCUUUCUGUUUUCAUGCAUAUACAGUCUGCGUUCCUGGAGAUCUACUGUACCUUCUUGUGGAGUUUAGUCCCAACCAGAUGAUCUUCAGGAGUAAAACUGAGCAGUGCUGAUCUAUACAAAUAUCUUAUUCAAGCUGAGGAUUUUUUUUUUUUUUUGCUUAUGAACAAAUUCUUGACUAACAAUGUGAAACUAUAAUAACUUUAAUCUGAGUGUUUGCAUCACACAGUUCCAAAUUCGUCAUUUUCUGUGUUGGUCACCAGCUUACAUUCAUAUUACCUCAAGCGUCUUAAUGACAUUGUGAUAUUUAUGUACUACGGUUUCUUGCAUAUCUAUUUCUUUAUCUGGAUUUUAUUUCACUUCUAUUGCAGAACUUCCUGCUGAAGAAAGAUGUUAAAAUCACUGUUUUGUAUUAUUGUACGUUUAUUUCUCUUUAUGCAUACAGUGCUAUUGUUCACUGCUCACACAUUAUAAAUAAUCAUCUUUUAACCAGUUAUAGGUAGAGCUAAAGGCAAAGAGAAAAUGACCAAAUGCUGCGGAAAUGAUAUCAGCUUGUUUGUAGGAGAUCGUUGAAUACAUUGGACUGAAUAGAUCAAGUACUCACUCUGCUGUUUCCCAAUAUUAUUAUUAUUCCUCUUUAUUUUGACUAGGCUAUUCAAAAAGUCCAUCUGCUCACAUGUUCGGUUAAAGACGUCACUGACGAAUCAGUGGAUGCACUUUUUUUUGGUUCAUGCCAAAAAAAGAAUAAUAAAAAAAAAUAGUUAUUUGUUGUGAUAGCUAUAUGUGAAAGGAAAAACAAGCAUGGUUUUAUUUUUUUUUUUUUAUGUGAAAUACAAAAAAAGACUGAGUGUUUUUGUUCAUACGCAGCACUAUUAAAUUGUUUUAAUAAAACUGAUUGAAUUUUUAA